UAUAUACAAAUGAAUAGAUGAGCUUAUGCCUGAUGAAAAUAUUUUUGUUGAAACACUUAUCGCAUUUAGGCAAAUCGGUUUUGUAAAUAUUUUUGACAGACAGUUCAAGUGCAAAGAAUAAAUAGGUAAGUUUGUUAUAUUUUUGUCUGAUGUUUGAAUGUUCUUGUGAGUUGAAUUCUACUGCCUCUGGUAAAAACUCAUAAGCAGUGGUGUCUAAAUUCUAUAUGAUUUGCAACAAUGACAAAAUAUCUUUUUAGGAUUUCUGAUUGCUUUUUGACAUUUAUAUACCAUAUAAAUAUAGCUCCCGCGCGUACCGAUAACUUUCGCUUGACUUUUUCAGCAUUUUUGCUUCAAAUUAUGGAUCCCAAUCUAUUACCAGCCGUUCUAAGAACCACUCUACCGCCAAAACUAGAAAAAAUCAAGAAUGGCAGCUAUACAGAAAAUGACAAUGAUUACCCUAUACAUUUGUAUUUGAAAGAAAACGAUAUAAGAGUUCAGGAAGAUGGUAGUGAUAUAAUCCAAUUUUUAAAGAGGAAAAAUUUAUUGAUUACAGGUGCUACUGGAUUUUUAGGCAAGCUUCUUCUCGAAAAACUGCUAAGAUGCUGCAAAGACAUUGGAACAAUCUACGUUGUUAUUAGGACAAAAAAAGGGGUAGAUCCUCAAAGUAGACUGGAAGAUUUCCUCAAUAACUGGGUAUUUUGCAAGUUGUCUCAAAUCCGUCCCAAUUAUAAAGACAAUGUGGUUGGUAUCAGUGGAGACUUCGAGUUUGAUGGACUAGGACUUUCUAAUGAAUCAAGGGGUAUUUUAACAGAAAACGUCAACAUCAUUUAUCACGUAGCAGCCACAGUUCGUUUUGAUGAACCCCUCAAAAGAGCUGUCAAAAUCAACAUCGAAGGCUCCCAGCAAAUAAUCCAAUUGGCCAAAGAAUGCAAGAAGCUGGACGUUUUUGUUCAUAUCAGUACAGCGUACUCAAACUGCCAAGAAAAGCUAAUCAAAGAAGAUUUUUAUCCGCCCCAUAUAGAUCCUUACAAGCUAAUGCUGAUGACUAAAGAGUUACCGGAUGACAUUCUAGAGAAAAUCACACCAGGAAUGUUGCAGUCCAUUCCUAACACCUACCUCUACACCAAACAGAUAUCAGAAGAUCUAGUAAAAAGAGAAGCCGUGGGAUUACCUGCGUGUAUUCAAAGACCGGCAAUAGUAAUAGCUUCAGCCAAAGAACCAAUAAGAUCAUGGGUAGACAAUAUUUACGGACCUGUAGGCGUGAUGCAAGGUGCUGCAAUAGGCCUUCUACACAUAUCGCCUGUUAAUGCUAAUGGAAUAGCCGAAUGUGUACCAGCUGAUUUUGUUAUAAAUAAUUGUAUAGCCGCUUCGUAUAAAACUGUCAAAGAACGAAAACUUGGUCAAAUUCCCAUUUAUAAUUUUACGUCCUCAAACUCAAAUCCUCUACAUUGGAAGGACUUAUUAUAUAUAGUUAAAAAAAUAGGCUCAAAAAUUCUUGUCAGUAAAGUCUUCUUUAAGUUUACUUCCUGCUGGAGCUGGUACUAUAUUGUAAGCUUUCUACUUCACACCAUACCGGCCGUUAUAAUCGAUUUUGUGCUGGAACGGCUGGGGAAGAAGCCUUUGUAUGUAUUGUAGCUUCUAGACAGAGCCGGGUAAUACUUGAGUGAAGUGUAGUCAUCUAUCAACUAACUAUAUAGAGAAUCUAGUAAUUUCUAAUACCUACCUAAUUUCAAACUAAACUUAGUUUUAAGCAGUUGACCAACAAGAAUUAGUAAGAGAAACUUUCAUAUGACAGUAUGCAGAUGAGACUUUGAGUCGAUUAAAUAUCCUUAGCUACGCAUUGCGUGUAGUUAAUAUGGUCCACCAGAAACAUCGGAAAAAUCUAGAUUGUUCAUCACCAUAAUUUCCUAUCACAUGUGGCUCAUUUAAACCCAAAUAUUUCCUUGAAAAACUAAAAUCAAUAACUCUUUAAAGUAGACGCUUUGCACAACAGUUUCUUGGAGAUUUUAAUUGGUAUACAGGGUAUCCCAUGACGUUUUUCCCAGGUGAUAACAUCGGAACGCGUCAUCCAAUAUAAUUGAAAUUUUGAGGAUCUUGAUAACUUUUUGUGCUGCUCUUACCAUUGUCAUCCGAUUUCACCACUUUCACUUCAGUUUCGGUCAAGUGACGUCAACUUUGGAAUCUUAAAUGUAACUCAUGGUAUAUUGUGGCAUUUUUAUUAGAAAAUUAAAUUACAGAAUCGGCAAUGCCAUAUUUGUUAGGGCUUUGUUAAAGAAAAUGAUAAAAAAAUUAUGCAGUAGAACAUACGAUGUUGCGUUCCGAAGUUAUCAUCUGGUAAAAACCUCGUGGGACACGCUGUAUAUACUCAUCGCAUUCCUUAUCGAGUAUUUCCCAACCUCUAAUCAUCGUCAAAUAAUUUUCAAUUGGUCAGUUCCUCUCCGUCGGACAGUACCUUCAAUAGAUUUCAUUAUUGAACGCUAAACACUCAAGAUCGAUCGCCUCCGAAGUUUUGCAAGCAAAUUUUCCCCAUGAUUUGAUAACGUCUUCCGAUUUCCUCGAUUUAUCCAAUGUUACCCGGAGCUUUCUCUGACUACCGUUCAGAAAUCAUAAACAAUAAAUCAAAUUCCUAAAUUAGAAAAAUCUUCAAGGAUUAUUGUCGAUCAUGUUGAAAAAGCAGUUCUUCGAAUUUCCUUAUUAGAUAAUAAUAUACACGAUUAAAAAUUAGUCCACUAUUAGGAAUAUUCUGAUUGACAGGACUUCACUAAAAUAUUUUGCCCGUUAAACCUCUGAUUCUAGCAAAAGUUAACCGCAACAAUAACUUGUAAAUUUUAGGCUACGGCUAGCUCAUAGAAAAAUCGAAAAAUUCAUUAUCAGCGUAGUUCAUUUCACACUGAACGAAUGGAAGUUUAUUGAUAGAAAUACGCAAUGCUUAUGGGACGAACUUAACGAUAGGGAUAAAGAGAACUUUCCGUUUGAUAUAAAGGUCUUGGAUUGGCAAGACUAUUUUGACACGUCUUUGGUUGCAUUGAGAGAGUUUGUAAGCAUGGAUUUUUUGGAUACUUUAGAUGAAGGAAGAAUGUUAAUGUUAAAGUUGGACAUAAUCCACUACACGUUUGUGACUCUUUUAUUAGGAUUUUCAGUGUAUUUAUUAGCAAACACAAUAUUCUUUUUCAUUCCUUUGUUGUUCGUUGGUGUAACUAUAUUUUAUCUUUUUCCUUGAAGUGUCCU